GUUGCAUUUGAAAUCGUGCGUGCGCAAGGUGUACGCUGCUUGAGCAGCGAUGGCGUGUUUUGUUAUGUGAGCUCUAAAAACUUUCGUAAAAUCUGUGUGUAAAGUGUUAUGUAUGUAGUAGAUUUAUCAGUGCAAAUGGUGAAAAUUUUAAGUGAAGAUUUUUCGGUUAGCUAACAUCACGUAUUUUGGGAUAAUGGAGUUAAAACUGCAUUCUCCCGCUGGGGCUGAACCCGUAUUAUAUACUUGGCCGUUAACCUCUGGUCGUGGAAACGAUAAGCACGAUGGUGCAAUCGAAAUUGUUGAGACAAUCAGAUGGGUUUGCGAAGAUCUUCCUGAAUUAAAACUGCCAUUAGAGAACAACAUUCUUUGCAACUAUGACACUCAGAGCUAUGAGAGUAUGAAAUCAUUAUGUGAUAAGUUCAACAGAGCCAUUGACAGUGUUGUUGCUUUGAAAGGAACAUCAUUAUCGGCUCAUCGGACGUCAAACUAUCCAUCCAGAGGUCUUCUGAGACAUAUCUUACAGCAAACAUACAACACUGCAGUAACGGAUCCAGAUAAGUUGAACCAGUACGAACCAUUUUCGCCGGAAGUAUACGGCGAAACUUCCUAUGAUCUAGUAUGUCAGAUGAUAGAUCAGAUCGAAAUAAGUUCUGAUGAUGUAUUUAUUGAUCUCGGCUCCGGAGUUGGACAGGUCGUCCUUCAGAUGGCAGCAGCUACACCUUGCAAAAUAUGUCUUGGAAUUGAACGUGCAGAAGUGCCCAGUCGGUAUGCAGAGAGUAUGAACAGAAAUUUUCGCACUUGGAUGCAGUGGUACGGAAAAAAGUACGGAGAAUACAAACUUCUGAAAGGAGACUUUCUAACAGAAGAACAUAGAGAGAAAAUUAACCAAGCUACUAUUGUGUUCGUUAACAACUUUGCUUUUGGACCAGCAGUCGACCACCAAUUAAAGGAAAGAUUUGCUGAUUUAAAAGACGGAGCAAAGAUAGUUUCUUCAAAAAGUUUCUGUCCAUUAAAUUUUAGAAUUACCGACCGAAACCUUAGUGAUAUUGGUACUAUUAUGCACGUAUCCGAAAUGUCGCCGCUAAGAGGAUCAGUCUCAUGGACGGGGAAGCCUGUUUCCUAUUAUCUACACCUCAUUGAUCGCACCAAGUUGGAAAGGUAUUUCCAGAGACUAAAGAAGCCUCAAUUAAAGAAUCCAGAGGAAGACAACUCAAAUUCAAAUUCCACCACCAGUAAUCGAGGAGCAAGGGACAGAGCUAAGAGAGAUUUAUCCAAGCAAUUAAUGGACUCCUCAUCAGACUCUGAAUUCGAUGAUAAUGAUGGUUAUGGUCCGACCACGAGGAAAGCUUGGUCUGAUUAUUGUUCUGUGAAAGGCAAAAGCAGUCAAUCUGAAGAUGAAGCCCAACCAGCAAAGAACAAACGUCAGCCAAAGAAAUUAAGGCAUAAAGUAAAUAGGAAUACCAAAACUCAAGCUCAACAGCAAGAAAAACAAGCUGCGUCCAAACCAAAAGCCAGACGAGGCAGAAUGAAGAAAACAAGAGCUAAGAAACAAAUUAAAAUUAACGGUUUGGAUCUGUUACAUAACGAAACAUUGCUAAGCACAUCGCCCCAAGCAACAGGUAAGAAGUUACCUCCUGCACCAGGUUGUGUCGACCAGCAGUUGACUACGUUAAGUUCAGAUUCGAUAGUUCAUAACGAGCUUGACAUACCAGAACAACCAGCUGAAACACCAUAUGGUUUACAAGUACUCCUUGAUAUGUUCAAAGGUCAGUACAUGCAAAUGUUAAAUCAACUGAAGAAUCCAAAUUAUAAAAAUCUUAUUGAGGUACAAAUUGGAGAGGAGAACGAGAGAAAUAGAAAAUUGAAGAAUCGUGCAGCACAAUUAGAAAAACAAAUUACGCUUCUAAUUGAUGACAGUGUUGCUCUGUUAAAAGCUAGAAUGAGUGAAUUGGAAAUCGAUGCUACGUCUCCUGUUGAUCUUCUUGCAAAGGCUAAAGAAAUAGUUUGUCGUCACAAAGAACUACAAGCAACAGCUAGCAAGCUACAGGCGGAAGUAACUAGUUUGGAGGGCGAACGAGACAAUUUUGUAUUACAGAGACAAGCAGAGAUUUGUGAAAAGUAUGCAGGCGCAGUAGCGUCUGGUCUAUCUCCCAAAGCUAGUCAAAAUUACAUCUUAAGAGAAAUAUCAUCAACGUUAGCACAAAGAAAGAAACUUCAGAAUGAGGUAUCAAAGUUGGAGGGAGAUAUUCUUAGUCUUCAGAAAAAUGAAGAACGAAAACAAGCUCAAGCACUAGCGGCUAGACAACAGCAACCUGCUAAGGUUUCUAGAAAAUCUCGUGAGUAUAGAGCUCGUUCACAAGAUUGGCCUGAUGUUCCAGAUAUUGCAAAAAUUGAGGAACAAAAUCCAGAAAUAUUGGCUCAAAAGAUAUUGGAAACUGGAAGAAAAAUUGAAGCUAGUAAAAUGUCCGCAAUCAAUAACAAAGUGCCACAAAUAAUUCACAAUAAUCCCACUAAACAUUUACCACCUAAUAACAAUUACCCAAAAUCUUUAAUACGUAAUAUGCCUGCUCCAUUUGCUAUGACAACAAAGCGGCAAAAAACUACUCACAAUUUUCCUAUGGCUAAUAUGCCCAGUGUUCAAAAUAAUCACACCAAUCAUGCUUGCAAAGUCCAAGGAGCACUUCGUAUAGCAAAUUUUGAAGAUCGCUUGAAAAGCAUUAUUACUUCAGUUCUUAACGAAGAUGUUCAAAAUAGAACUAAACAAGCUCAAACACCUGUUUUGCAAUACAAUCAAACCCAUGAGAGACCAAUGAGCAUCGAUAAGCAUCUGUCCCAAGAAAGGCACUUGACCCAAGAACGCCAUUUACAGCAUGAAAGGCAUUUAGCUUCAGAAAGGCAAUUAAUUCCAGAAAGACAAUUUAAUCAUGAACGGCAGUACAACUCUGAGAGGCACUUGACUGCCGAUAGACAUAUAAAUCAGGAAAGACAAAUAAGUGCUGAGAGACACUUAAAUUCAGAAAGGCCCCUCAAUACAGAGAGGCAUUCAAAUCCUGAAAGACAUGCGCUUCCUGAUCGAAGUUUAAACACUGAACAGCCAGAUUAUACCCAAGUAUCACCUGCCAAGUUAGCCCUUCGAAGACAUCUUUCUCAGGAGAAAUUGGCUCACCAACAAAUACCCUAUAAUACUGCAGAUGGAAUGGUUGCUACAAGAACAAUUGGGGACCUUAUGUCUGGUGAAAUCGAACGAACCCUUGAAAUAUCUAACCAAUCCAUUAUCAAUGCUGCAGUAGACAUGAGUGAUAUCCAGGGUACAGCAACGUUGUCCUCAAGGUCUGUGGUCAACGCUAAUUUGCCACCCCGUCCAGAAAGAGUCAAUGUUAAAGUGCCUAAUGCAGAGAUGCCUCCAUUAUCUACUUUACCUCCCACGCCCAAAGAACCCGAUCCAGUGCCUAGACAGCAAGUUUACAGCCCUAUCUCUAGACCGUCUUCCACUGAAGGACUGGAAGGAUUAGCUUAUAUACAUUCUCAUUCGAAGUAUAUAACUCCGCCUCAACCAAGUCCAAGACAGCAGUAUUCCCCUCGGACAACUGUUUUGUAUCCCACACAAGCCACUCGACCAAGCGCAGUGAAUUCGUCGUACUCAAAUGAUAUGUACAUGCCUCUUCCGCGUGCCGACAUCAAGCCGUACCACGAAUCAUACUUUAAUGACAACAAAUCACCGGUUCGAGCUGAAUCUCGAAACGCAUUUAUUGCGGAAGGUUUAGCAGCCACUCUACAGUCCAGAGCGCUUGGUGCAUCUAUCAAAGAAGAGGUUGAAAUGUACGAGCGCAGGCACGGGUUUAAUCAGCCGGGAAUAAUGGCGAACUCAAAUAACGAGGGCGUUUUUAAGAGAGAAUCACCUAUCGUACAAGGAGGAGAUGUCGACGUAGUCGAGGAAGAGAGCGAAGAAUCAAAAUGGCAGGACCGAAUUUCUUCAGGUUUCGACCGUCUUGUUGCCUUCGCUUCGACGGAAUUGGAUAAACGCCGUAGAUCGACCGAAGGAACUGAUAGUUGCAAUACGUCACCUGAUUCUGGUAUCGGCCAUGGACAUGGAGACAUUCCCCCAAGUACCAUAGUUCCCCCCACAAAGCAACAUUUAAAACUUAAUCCUAAUACUAAACCAACUCUUUUCAAAAUGCCUACAAGUAAGACGUACCUUGAUUCGCCGCCUAUUUUAGAUCAAGGUACUGACGAAUUAGGCCCUCCCCGAAACCCCAUCCCCUUCUUCCCCUAUCCGAUCUAAUAGCUUAUCAAUAAACUUCAGCCCCGAACCAGUACCUGUAGAUAGAAGUCCCACUAGGUUGAAUCCAGCUCUGUUAAAAUACCAGAGGUACCCAGAAGAUAAGAAAAAACAUGAUACACACUUCAAGAAAAAGUUCUACUACAGAGAGUGGAGGUACGACAGUUGGACCAAGGAAGAAAGGCACGACUGUGAUUCCAUCUAAUGCCAAAUUUUUAACCACGUAAACAUGAAAGUCAUUUACUGAUUAGUUAUACAAUAUAUACAGAGUGGUGUAGAGUUCAAGCUUCGAGGAAUUCUGUACAUAAGCAAGAGCUAAACAUUUGAGAUUUUGACAACACAGUUAGAUAUUUUAAGGGUGUAUUUUAAAUAUACUCCCGAUAUAUCGAGUAUUUCUUUAAUAGGUGGCAAUAAGAACACAUUUUAAUCAUUAAACACCUUAUAUUCUAUUCCAGUUUCAAGUUUAAGAUAAUUUAAAUAAUUAAAAGUUGUUCAAGUUACUUGAAAUAGUAGUGACAAUUAAGGCGUCUUAUCUCAAAACUUGUCUUUUUCCCUCCGCCGACUUUAUUUUUGCUCCAUGUUUGGACCAAUGAAUUUCGUAUAAUUUCAAAAAAUAGAACUUGAAUACAUUUAUCAAAUAAAACACAAAACAAUGAUCAUAUUAGCACACUGCGCAGACAAAUGUUUGCUAAUAUACUGCCUCAACAACCGAAUAAAAAUAAAAUUGUCAGUUUGUAUCACGUGCUUCAUGUUUCCAGCAUUCUUAUAGGCUGCGUGGAUCAGGCGAGUUUUGACACGUAAGAUGCAGUGGAUAAGGCGAGUUUUGCACUGACAGCAAUAUUUUGCCUUUGAAUAUUAAUGGGAUAAAGCAACAUUUGUUACGGAAAUAUUACUGUAAGAGGAGCAUAUCAACCUUAAGAAUGCGUUACCAUAUUAACCUUUUUUUUCCGUAAAAUUUGGAUAAAGAGAGUUUUGCUAUGAGACGCCUCAAUUAAAGUAUAUCAGUUAUACUGUAUUUUUCCGCAAAAAUUUGGAACGCCCCGCGGAAUUUGAUAGUUAGAAAAUCACUUAAAUGUGAAGUCACACUUUAAUAUUUUGUAAUAUUUUGUUUUUUAUUUUGUCCAUUCUUGUAAUAAGCAUAAUUAAAGUAUUAUUAAAACUGUUCAAAAGGUAAUGGUGUCUAUCAAAAUUUUGUCUAUUUGUAUUGCCGACUGUUUUGGAAUUUUUUAUACACUAGAACAUAUUUUUAAAAUACACCUUUAGAAUUGGAAAAUUUCUGUCGAAUUAUACAGAGACUAUGCCCCACUGUAUGUAUUAUUAUUUACAUUUUAAAAUAUUUUAUUCCUUUAAAAUGAAUAUUGUGUUGCCUUUCAAAAAUAACAACUGCCAACAUUUUAGUCUUCUAUUUUAGGAAACAUAUUUGUAAAAUUGCCUCAUUGGCAUGCCUCUUUUUAAUUUUAUUUGUUAUUUUGCAAGUUAUUUUUGUUAAAAGCUCAAUUUUUUUGUAUAUGUCACUUUCAUAACAUUUUUAUUUAUUAUGUAUACACAUAUAAUCGUUAUUUGUUUAUUCCCUGUUAAAAAAUAUUUUUUCAUGUUUAAUUCUUGUGUUUUUAUGUGGUUUUAAGGAAUCAUAUCCGAAUCGCAACUCUUGACUAUAAAGAUUUUAAUUUAUACAAUUAAACUAUUAAGCCC